AUGGCUCCAAUUGCUACCCGGCACCUCAUACCCAGCCAUAUUGUGGACAGUCCUGCCACAACCCUCAAACAAAAAGUCACGAACGUGACACAAGCCCAGGCUACCUCAAGCCCGCCAUCAGCGCCGUGCCUGGUUACGGACCUCAUUCGAUACCAAGUCGAAACAAACCCGGAAGCCUUCGCCGUACACUGCGAACAUGAGGAACCCUAUACAUAUCACGAGCUAUGGCAGAUUGUUGAACAAAUUGCACUCAACGCAAAAUUCGCAUCAGGGUCUAUUGUCCCAGUAUGCCUCGAUCCCACUAUAGAAUUUGUGGCGGGCCUUCUGGCGAUUAUGGUUUCUGGUGCAGCAUACGUUGUUCUUGAUCCCGAGGGUUCUCCAGAGCGUAACCGAGCUAUCGUGGCCGAUACUGGUGCAGAUUCAGUUCUGUCAAACAACAAAUAUGCAUAUUUGUUUGAACAAGCUCUCUCGGUGGAGGACCUCUUGUCUAUAAAUGAGGCAUCUCAAGGAUAUUUGAUUAUCCCGCCACACGUUCCUGGCCCAAGUCCAUCGGAUCUCGCGUAUCUGAUCUACACUUCUGGAUCUACCGGAACACCAAAAGGAGUUUUACUGAGCCACCGCUCAGCAAGCCAUGGGAUCAGUCAAUUCGAGCUCAACGGCCGCAGGCGGUGGUUGCUCUUUUAUAAUCCUGUGUUCUCCGCGGCCCAAAGAACUAUUCUCGCCACACUAUCAAAGGGCGCCUGUCUUUGUUUGGCACGCCGCGAGCGUCUAGCAACGGCAUUGCCCGAGGUGCUUGUCAAUCUCCAAAUUGAUGCUCUUGGCAUCACUCCCUCGGCACUGUCUCUGCUUUCUCCCAGUGAGAUUCCGGACAGCCUCGAGCAGAUAACAACUGUUGGCGAGCCCUUGAGCCAAGCUCUCGUUGAUUUAUGGGCGGAUGAAGUUCACCUGCGCGUCUCGUAUGGUCUCAGUGAAUGCGCCCAGUUGAACUUCUCUCGGCGAUUGAAGCCUGGUGAUAACCCUCGUAACCCGGGACGGCCAGUCGAUACCACCACUGCUAUCAUUCUGGAGCCCAAUACAGCAACACAAUUGGGAGUUGAUGAGCCUGGUGAAUUGUGCCUCCUUGGGCCUCAAGUUGCCAGCGGCUAUCACCAACGCCCGGAAGAGACCAGUGCCGGUUUUGUCAAGAACCCUUUCGGUUCGAACAUUCUUUUUAGAACAGGUGACCAAGCUGUUCGUCGCGCUGACGGGACUUUUGAGAUCCUCGGAAGAAUUGAUCACCAGAUCAAAAUUCAUGGUCAGCGAAUCGAGCCCCAAGAAGUGGCGGAGACUCUCUCAACCGUGAAAGGUGUCACUGAAGUUGUAUGCGUUGGCGCAGCCAUAAAAGAUAAGAUCUCCCUCGUUGCUGCAGUCGUACCAAAUACCCAAGACAGCUGGGCCGAUCUUGUGAAAAACCUGCGAGAACAUGCACAGCGUUCAUUUCCACCAUACAUGGUCCCAAGUUACUGGCUUCGCUGCGAUGAAUUGCCAGUUAAUCGAAAUGGCAAGGUCGACUUCAAAACCAUUCGGACGACAGCUGAAUCAGCAGAUAUUGACAGCCUUUUGGGUCGUGAUCACAAUCUCAAUGGACAGGAGGUUCAUUUGAGCCAAAUUGCUCUUGAGAUCGCUGAAGUCUGGGCCGGAUACUUGCAACUCAGCCGCACGUCUAUUCUUCCCACCGAUUCUUUCGUCGCCUUGGGUGGAUCUUCAAUUGACGCCAUACAAGCAAUUCGUGAGCUCCGCACAAAGGGCAUCCAUGUUGACCUUGCGGACAUGCUGAGAUCACAGAGCUUGGAGAGUGUCGCUGAUUCUUCCCGGCUGGAUCCCAAAGGAGAGAGCCAGACUCACACCCCUCAGCCGUUUUCCCUUAUAUCAGACAUGGAACUCAACGCCGAGCUUCAGGCUGAUCGCGGUAUAGCUGAUGCUUUGCCUCUCACUGCCUUACAAGAAGGUAUUCUUGCCAGCACACUACAAGGUUCCCAAGACUAUCUGUACCAGAGGGUCUUUGAUAUCCGACAUCUUGACCUGGUCAGAUUGCAGCUUGCUUUCCAAAGUGUGUUUUGGCGUAGCGAAACACUCCGGUCUACCUUCGUUCCGGCCACCAAAGGCUUACUGCAAGUCAUCCGGAAUGACUUCCUCCUUCCUUGGACAGAGAUUUCUGGUAGCCUAGAAAGUUUCCUCAAGGCGGACAAGGAAAAAGGUGUCGCCUUUGGUGAGCCUUUCAUGAGAGUAGCAGUGCUCAACAACUCUGUACUCAUCGUAUCCGUUCAUCACGCACUGUUCGACUUCUGGUCGCAUUCAUUCGUAUUUGAGGAUGUUGCAAGUGUUUACUAUGGCAAAAAGCCGGAGACUCGAGCUUCAUGGAAGUCCUUCAUUGGCCUUUUACAGCAACAGGGGGAGGGAAGCUCCGCCGAGUUCUGGAAACAGCAUCUCCAGGAAUCGACACCUACAAUCCUUAACCAUUCUCCAAUUGGAGAGUUCUUCACUGCCACGCGGAUUCUUCCUCUAAAUUUGAAGUCAGCAUCCACAGCCCUUCAAGUUCCAUCCAGUGCUAUCUUAUACGCUGCCUGGGCUAUAGUUCUUUCGUCUCAUACGGCGUCAAACCUGGUUACUAUGGCCACGGCUAUCUCGGGUCGAGAGUUGCCAUUGAAAGGAAUUGAAUCUCUGGACGGUCCAACUCUCGCCAUGGUACCACAGGCAGUGCUUGUCAACCCUGAACAUUCGUUGGACCAGCUUGUGCAAUCCGUCAAUGCCAAUCUCUGGGAUCUCAUCAAGAACUCGCAACAGGGUGUGCGGGGCGCUUUGGCAGCCGCUGGACAUCACAAUUCCACUAUGUUUGACACUAUGGUGAACAUACUGCCCUUGGGACAGGAUAGCAGUGACCUGACGAGGGAGGUCUUCCAGAUGCAUGGGACUAGGUCUGCGUGGAAAACGGAGUAUACCACCUUGAACAUUCAGGAGAGAUCCGGAGGGGUCGAGAUUAGCCUCACGGCUCCCAUGGAGCAGCGUCGUCUAACGUUUAUCUUGAACCAAUUCUCUCAUGUUGUUGAGACAAUUUUCAGCAACCCACGACUACCAAUCAAAUCUUUCAGUCUCCUCGAUUCGGAAGAGUUGGACUUCCUGCUUCAAUGGAACGAAGGGCAGCCGCAGCCCACCACUCUUCAUGAUCAGUUUGAGUUGGCGGCUCAGAAACACUCCUCUAGGGUGGCUAUCAACUUCCAGAAUGAGCAGCUCCUGACAUACGCUGAAUUGAAUGAAAGAGCCAACCGCAUGGCUAACUUCCUCUCGGAACAUGGCGUCACGAAAGGAGAUCUUGUUCCUCUUCUUCUGGAGAAGUCGCCAUUCAUGAUGAUCGCAAUUCUGGCACUCUUCAAGCUCGGUGCCGCAUAUGUACCUUUGAGCCCAGAAAAUCCCCUCGAGCGCAAUGAGUUCAUCGUGCGUGAUGUCGGCGCCCGUGUUGUUCUCUCAGAGACAGAACAUGCUACAUUCUUUUCCUUCGAGGACAUCUCCGUUGUUUUGAUUGAUCAAGCCAAGCUCUGUGCAUAUUCAAAGGAGAAGCCCGAAACGGAAGUCUCGCCUAGUGAGCUCGCCUACAUUCUCUAUACUUCAGGUAGUACAGGUCAGCCAAAAGGAGUAACGGUCUCCCAUGGAGCAUGCGCUGCUGCGAUGAGAUCAAUCAUCGAUUUUGAGAACAAGUGGGAUGAGCCUUUUAGAGCUUUACAGUUCUCUAAUUACGUGUUUGAUGUCUCACUGUAUGACUUCUUCGUCACAUUGCACAGCGGUGGAACUCUCUGCAUUGCUCCGUCGGAUCGCCUGCUCGGUGAUUUGGCUGGAGUAAUCAAUGAGAUGGAUGUCAACCAUACCUUCUUGACUCCAACUGUUGCCCGGCUUCUGGACCCCAAAGACGUCCCAGGCUUGAAAUCAAUGACUGUUGGAGGCGAGCAGUUGACGCGCGAUGUGAUCGAGACCUGGGCUCCAAUGUUAACCCUGCGUAAUGGGUAUGGGCCUACAGAGGCUUCCGUUCUGGUUACCAUGAAAGAGGUCACUGUCGAGACCACCGGCGGUAACAUCGGACGGCCUCUCGCUUCCGUGGGCGCAGUCAUUUUGGAAGCCAAUGGUGAUCAACCACUUCCAUAUGGAGCAGUUGGAGAACUUUGCUUCUGGGGUCCUCAGUUAGCCGACGGCUAUUUCAAGAAGCCCGAAUUAACCGCUGGGGCGUUUAUCCAAACCAAUCUUAGUGGUGGUCGGCGGUUGUACCGCUCUGGUGACUUGGCCAGGUACCUUCCUGGGGGUGAUAUUGAGUGUUUAGGACGCAAAGAUGACCAGGUUAAAGUAAAUGGGCACCGCAUCGAGCUCGGCGAGAUUGAGCAGGCAAUUCUCCGAACGGGCGAGGUCACGGAUUGCGUUCUCACUGUCUGGAAGCAGAACAACACAGCUCAUCUGGUGGCCAACGUCGUUUUCAGCCCCGUUGACCAAGAGCUAGACAUCCUCUCACCAGAUCUCUUUGCCGAUGAGACACAACGUCUCAAAAAUAAGCUCAACGGCUUGGCUCACUAUAUGGUCCCGAAAUUCCUUCUUGCUCUUCCCUUCCUUCCUCGAAUGCCUUCUGGUAAAGCGGAUCGCAAGCAACUCAAGGCACGUGUACAGUCUCUCAACCAGGGUGAACUUGCCAAAUACUCUCUCAGCAAGCUUGGCACAUCUGGGUCUGAAGCUAUCAUCCCUAUUGUCUCCGCAUCCCAGAAGAUUCUUCAAGAGGCUUGGAUUGAGAUUUUGCAGUUACCCGACAACCAAUUCGGGUUGGAGGCUAAUUUCCUCAGCCUUGGUGGUGACUCCAUCUCUGCCAUCAAUCUUGUCAGCUACAUUCGACGCAAGGGUCUGAACAUCAGUGUACGAGAUGUCGUCAAAUACCCUCUAUUGGGGGUAAUGGCCGAGUAUCUUCAGCAAGAAACAGAUCAAAUAUCAACUGAGACUGUCGUCUUUUCGCCGCCGACCGAGUUGGAUGCUUUAAUCUCUUCUGAAAUUCAACAGCAGCAGUACGAAUAUGUGUACCCCAGUCCCGCUGGACAAGCCGAGUUCCUUACUCAGGGAGCUCGGGCCGACCCAUUCUGGUGUUUAAUGACAGUCCGAUCUCUUGGAAUUAAUCCCGAUAUCUCUCAGUGGAUUGAUCUCACAAAGAGGUUGGCAGAGACAAACGAGAUUCUGCGCACCACCUUUACCCAAUUCCAGGGCAAAUGGUAUGGUGUUGUUCUGAAUGACCCCACACCCGUCUUGGAAGUCUACGAUGUCACAGAAGAAGCCGAGAAAAGACAGAUACUCGACUUGAUAUGGAAAGAUCGCUUUACCUUCGGAAAGCCUUUCAUCCGCUACGCAGUUCUACGCUACCCCGAUGGCGAGCACCAAAUUGUCACAAAACUAGACCACGGUCUCUACGACGGCACCCUCCUCCGCGUCUUUGACGCCCACUUCCAAGCCUACCAACGGGGCGAGGAAGUAGAAAAAUUCACUUCCUUCAAGGAAUUUGCAUUCCACAUCUGGCAAGUCAACCAAACGCGCCCAACCCUCGACUUCUGGACCCAACCAGACAAAAGACCCAUCACGUUCAACUAUCCCAACGCGACAGAACCCUGUAUCAACGCCUCGGUCGUGCACAUAAUCCACCUCGACUUCGAAACCUUCAGUCGCUCCAGCGGCGUGACAGUCUCAACACUCUUCCAAUCCAUCUUCCAAAUCUGGCUCGCCCGUCGCAGCGGCCAGACAAGCAUCGCUUUCGACUACCUCUACACAGGCCGCAACGUGGACCUAGAAGACCCGCAAGGCAUCAACGGCACCUGCGCCAAUUUCCUACCCAUGCGCUCCGAGGUUGACGCCCAGAUUCCCGUGCAGGACUAUCUGCUGCGAACCCAGGACGAUUUCUGGCAGUACACUGAGAACAACACUGUCGGAAUUGAGGAUAUCUGUCAGGCGUGUGGAGUCCCGCGUGCAGAGGCAGAAAACCAGGCACUGUUUUUGUUCCAGCCUUUUGAGCCGGCGUCGCCGGCUGGUGCGAAGGAAGUGACGCAAAAGUGGGUUGUGAUGGCUAAGUCCGAGGUGACUAUGUUGCAGCCUUAUGCGAUUGUUUUCGAGGUUAUUAAGACUGCAGAUUUGAAUGGGUAUAAGUUGAAGUUUGCUUAUGAUAGCUCUGUGUGGGCGAAGGAGGAGGUGGAGGUGGAAGUUGGUGUUGUUGAACAGAUGCUCUCGCGUGUUGUCGGGGAUGCGAAUGCUUUGGUUGGGGAUGUUCUUCGAGAGGUAUAA